AUGCAGGGUCUUGCGGAUGGUCCCAUCAAGACUCACCUGUUCCGACUCGAACUAGAUUCACUAGAACAAGCCAUUUCCAUUGCGGAACAGGAAGACUUCAGUCUGAGACAGGCUCGCGCCAGCUCGACAUCAUAUCUUCCACCGAGACGAUAUGACAGCGGAGGUCCAGAGCCGAUGGAACUCGGUUAUGUAAAGAGCGAGAAGGCUCGCUCUACAGACUACAAGAAGUUGCAGAGAUGCAAGAGAUGUCAGAAGACAGGACACUACGCUUACGAGUGUAGUGUCCCUCGUCCAGUGUCUCGCAACACUGGGCGUAGUGACCGUCCACUCAUGAGAAAGGGGCAGGGACGCGGGUCCGCUGUUGGUGCAAAGAUGCAACAACGGGAUGGACCGUCAAAAAACGGACAGGAUCAGUAG